AUGUCGGUACGCGUAGACCAUCGCGAUCGCGAUCGCUUUUCGAGACAUUCUUCCCGCGCUUCCGUCGAUCUCGCGUUCCCGAGCGGGUCUGCGCGGGAUCACUCUUUCCGAUCUGUUCAUUCUGGCCGUGUUCCGCGUGUAGCUAGCGAUGAUUUAAUGGUCCCAGUGCGCACGUUGAGGUCAGCAUCGUGUCGGGUGGCUCCCGGAGCUCCUCACCGCUUGCGUCGCCACCACUCCUCUGCAGCGGAAUGUGAACGAGCUCGUCGCUCGCGUCGCCACACCUUGGAACUGCCGAACAGCCGCGGGCCCAGCGUACGUAGCCGGUCUCCGGAGCCUCCACCACCAGUACCAGAGCCUGAGGCACCGUCGGAAGACGCUGGAAAGGAGGCGCGGAGACGACGCGUGGUUGCCGCCGUCGCAGCCUCCUUCUUCGCGUUGGCGCUUGCGUCAGUCCUCGUGGUGGUGGUCACGCUGACGCACAGCUCGGUCCUCCGAGCUCACAACCAAACAGCCAAGUACUACACGUUCUCCGUGCCGCCGCACCAUCCUCUCAGUGAGCCCCGUUCAUGUUGCCCCACCGUCGCCCUUCCCGCUUCGCAUGCGACUGUCUCCGACCCCGAGUUCCAGGGGCUGCGAACGUCAUCGUGCUACCAAUCUUCAAACGUGUGCUCUCCACCGCCGUCUUUUGCGGUAUAUAUCAGUAUUCAUUUAGACAAAUUUCUGGACUCUUCCUUGAUA